CCCGUGGCGCAUAUCGACGUUAAUGAAAUAAAAAAUUAUGUUUAUUUAAAAAAUAAGCGACUUUAAUGUUUUAUUAAUGCAAGUAGAGUGUUUCAUGAUCAUAGUGCUACUUGAAUAAUAACAUCCAUUAUAAAAAGUUGAAUUCGACAGGUCAAGAAAUGCUUAACCAUCUAGCGGUGGACUUCCGGUACUAAUAGCACCAAUCCUAUUCCUCUUCCGUUAGUUGUGUUGUUCGUUACAAAAUGGUGUUGGCGGUAUUAUUUUCAAAGUAUGUGGAAGAAUUGUUCAUGACGUGGCUGAGGGAUCCCUAUGGAAAUACAAGAAUCCCUACAUGAAUAACAUAGUAAAAAGAAAGAAAGAAGUAUCAACCCCCAUUGGUAAGGAUAAUCGGCAACCGGUCUGGAACAUCAGGCGCGUAAACAUACAAGGGUUACCAGCAACUAGUGGCGUUUGUUGAAACUCUACCCUCGGUGAACCCUCUUUUCCCUCCAAUUCACUCCCACCCUCAAUAGACACCAUCCACCUCAUCCCCCUCUCUCUCUCGAUCUCUACGUGUCAAUCCCUCUCUCUUAGCCGUUUCUCUUACCCUCGCUCGUUCACCAGGUUCCCCUCUUCUCCUGUUCUGUCUCUUUCCCUCGACGGCACGCGCGGCUUUCUCUCGCGCGCGCGUUCUUCUGCCUGUGGAGCAACUCGCAGCAUCCAUCGGCCCGCUCCGGACUUCAGUCCAUGUCGAGAUCGCGGCACCGCCGGGACCCUGAGGACCCUUCGACACUAACGAAUCCUUACACCUUUUAACUUGUAAACUGACGGUAUCGAGACAAAGCUUGUUCGACGAAAAAUCGAGUAACAGGCAUUCUCGAUUCCAACGAUUUAUUUUUAAUUAAAAAAAAAAACAAAAGACAAGAUCAUCCUGUACCAUUGAACCAGUAUCUGCAUUCUCGAGUCUCGUUUCCUGGAUUUUUCAUUUUGUCUAUGUUACGCCAACGGACAAAGUAAAUUCGACGAUUAAUCCAUAGAUUAAUUUCUAAACGCAGAGAAGCAUUCGCAGCGUUGAUAAAACGGGAUUCUUAGAUCAGAGAAAUUCAUUUGUUAUUCCGGCCGUGUCCGCGGGCCGAAGGAUAAACAAUCGGUUGUCCCAUGAUAACGGAUGCCCUAAGGGAUCACUGGAAUAAAAUUAGGUAAUCGCAUUUGAUGCGGAUAGAAGGAGAAGACGCGUAGCGUGUUCGUUGAGGGAACGACAUCAGAAAGGGAGGAAGAGCCACGAGGGCCCGCGAGGAGACUGAAGAAGAGCGAUUUCCCGCGAGACUGCCGGGGGUUGUUGCCCAGCCCCGGAGAAGCGGACAUCGGGCCCGGAUGUUCGCAAGGACGAGACGCCGGAAACGCUGCCACGUUGGAAGGGAAAAUAUUGACGGCCGUCAACAAGUUCCUUACGACAUCCCCUUUGGUUAACAAAGUCAAGUUACUAAUGACGAGACAGAGCAGCGGGACGGUUGGGAACAGCGAGGAGCAAGAAGGGACGAGUAGCUGUUCUCCGAGGACGUCGACGGCCACGACGAUAACGAUGACGAUGACGGGGACGCCGACAACGACGACAUCCGCCAUGACAGCAACGUCAAUGGCGCUGCCAUUCGUGCCCGUAGAGUCAGAAGCAUCGGUAUCGUCCACGAUGGAGCAGCAACCACAUUACCGUUGGGCGUUCCAACGGGAUCGGGCCGAAGCGGCCACUUCUGCGAUCGCUGCCACGUGCUCCAAAUUCUUCCCGGCUUCGUCGUCCACGGAAACCAACAGAUUGUCGACGAACGUACUCUUUUCUCUGCCUGCAACCCCGAAGAGAUCAACCCCUGUUUCGUCCACCAAGGCGCCUACCAUAUCCAAAUCACAAAUGAAAGAGUUCAGAGAAGCUUUCAGGCUGUUCGACAAGGACGGAGACGGAAGUAUCACUAAAGAGGAACUUGGCAGAGUGAUGCGUUCACUUGGACAGUUCGCCAGAGCCGAAGAGUUACGCACAAUGCUGCAGGAGAUCGACAUCGACGGAGAUGGAAACGUCAGCUUUGAAGAAUUUGUGGAAAUUGUGAGCAACAUCGGCGCGAGUGAAACCGCCCACACAGACCAGGAUCAGGAAGAGCAAGAGCUGAGAGAUGCAUUUCGGGUGUUCGAUAAACAUAAUCGAGGUUACAUCACCGCGUCCGAUCUUCGAGCUGUGCUGCAGUGCCUCGGGGAGGACCUGUCCGAGGAAGAGAUCGAGGAUAUGAUCAAGGAAGUGGACGUGGACGGGGACGGCCGAAUCGAUUUCUACGAAUUCGUUCACGCGCUCGGGGAGCCAGGGAUCGACGACGACGAGGAGGACGACGAAGAAGAAAUACUGUCCCCGGGCUACUAGGGUUUUACCUAUUCUCGUGUCUGUGUUAGAUAGAACGAAUUAACGACGAGUCAAAAAACCAUGCGAAUCGCAAAGUUCAUCUUUUACCCUCUGACAUUCACUUUGUUGCGCGUCGCGAUUCGAAAUACGAGUUGACGUUCAGCAAAACAGUAUCCGGGUCUGUCCAUUUAUCGUUUGUCGGGUAAUAUCGUAGAAAGAAGAAAAAUAACGCAAGCGUAACGGAAAAACAAUUGAGCAGAGAAGAUUUCGAAAUUGGCGCCGACGCGCAAGAUGGUUACGCUUCGUGCCAAGAGGGUAUGCCACCCUCAGCUCCGACAACGAGGUUAUCUCGGCCCCGUGACGCUCCUUAAUUUUGGUCAAUGUCAGAGGACCGUUUCGACAAGUCCUAAUCGCACCUACCGUCUAAGAUCCUCAGAUACUAUGCUUGACGCGAUUUUAUGUUACUUCGAUCGAUUCCUGUUACAUUUUAAGAUUACCUUCGAGCUGUAUACGUUUCCUGGCCGACUUUGAACGUAAUCGAAUCGAAAUUGAACGUAAAGGAUAUUCUUCGUCUGUCGUAGUAAUCAUUGCACUCUAUAUUCGCGUGUAACGUGAGCGAAAAGGAAACGAGAUGUUUCUCGUGUAACAUAAAAUCCCAACAAGCUGUGCGCCCUUUAAACUUCCUUCUUUAACUGUGCUGAAGAGUAUCUACAUGUUCGAUGGAUUACGCGAUCCAGAAAGCGAGAUAUCGGUAAGCGAUACAAAGGUCAUCUACGAUUUUCAUUUUCUUCGACGAAAUUGAAAAGAAAUUAUAUAAAACAUCGAUGUCGAAUGAUACGAAAGGACGGUAUUUAUUUAUACAGGUGCUUCUAGUAUUCGCUUGCCGAUUUUCUAAACGCGACCGGAUCGUAAUCAGUUUCUCCUUUUAAGAUAUAUGGAUUUUAUCGAUUUUACUCCUCUUUCUCAAAAUCUAAUCUAAGUCACGUUGUAUUCCACACCUAAAAAUCACUGUAACUUAAGAAACAAUCAGCACCGCAGCAAACUCGAUCGAUUGCACUGCGUACGACGUUCGAUCGAACGACGAUUGAUCGAUCGAACACUACCAGCAGAUUCUCCACCAUUUGGAGAAAGAAGACAACAAAAAAUAAGCGUUGGCGCGAUUCUUACACGCGCUUGGCACUAUUGAAAUCUUUCGAACGUACCCCCAAGUCUUCCUCGAGAUAUUUCGUCGAGAUUCGAUUAAAAGACGGGGCAUAAAGAACGUGAGGAAGGUUGAACGACUAUUUUAAAAAUCGAUCUUGAUCGCUUCGCUCUCCUUGAGCUUCGUACUGUGUACCUUGUAAACGAUAUUUCACUGUUACGCCGUAAAUAACAAGAGCCGCACGCUGUUUCAAAUAUUUUAAAGGGUCUAAUAAAUCUAAUAAACAAAAAAGGUUCCAUUGGUGGUA